CUGUGGAUUAAUGUUCCAUAAUGUGGUGGCUCCUGUAGUGUGUGUAAAUGAGAAUAUCUACUAGAGGAGAAUAAUACACACGUCAGCGCGUGUCGACGUACGGCCUCCCGCCGCCAGGGGGCGGUGCGUCACGACGGGACACCGCCGCAGAGCCGCUGAUCACGUGUUCUCUGACGCGUCGACCGGUCGUUCGCGUUCACCAACAUGGCGUCGAAGCUGCGCCGCAACGAGGCUAAUUGUGAAGAGGCGUCUGCUCUUAAGGAGGAACUGAACAAAAAGAUCAAGGAGCAGAAGGUUGUAGUGGACGAGCUCUCCAAUCUGAAGAAAAACAGGAAGGUUUACACCCAGCAGAGGAACAGCUCCAUCUUCUUCCUUGCAGACCGAGGUCAGACGCUGGGUUCCUGUAAAAAGGAACUCGACGCCAUGAAAAGGGAUCUUCAGGACCUGUAAGUCUGACCUUCAUCGCAGAAAUGUGCGGCAUCUUUUGUCUGUUGAGCCUGUCUCCCGCUCGGCGAGGGCAGGACGAAGCGCUUCAUGAACAUUUGAGGAG